AUGUUGUUUCAGAUCUACGGUGAGAAGAGAAGACAGUUCAGUUUGGUCAGAAAUAAGCCUCGAGAAAUUGUAGAGAAAGUUGCGACUGACAUCGAGAGACUGCUGGCCAAGAAACGCAAAGCACUUGAGAAACUUGCAAGUGAAGCGGAGCGUCUUCAGAAAGAUCAUCGGUGGCAGGAUGGAAUCAAGGAGGAAAAUAUUGAAUAUUAUAACUCUAAAGCAGAGAUGGACUAUGACGGUGAGGACAUUGAUUCCCAGAUGUCAUUGAAACUGGAGUUUAUGUAUGAUCCGAACUUCAAAAACCAUGUGAAUUACUCACACACCGCUGUCCAGAUCCCCACAGACAUCUACAAAGGCGCUCCGGUGAUCCUGAACGAGCUGAACUGGACGCAAGCGUUAGAGCGAGUCUUUAUAGAGAACAGCAGAGACGACCCGUCGUUGCUCUGGCAAGCGUUUGGAAGCGCCACCGGUGUCACGAGAUAUUAUCCAGCUGCUCCCUGGAAAGCGCCGGAUAAGAUUGACCUUUAUGAUGUACGACGACGACCCUGGUACAUUCAAGGAGCAUCCUCGCCCAAAGAUAUGGUCAUCCUCGUAGACGUGAGCGGCAGUGUCAGUGGACUUACUCUCAAACUGAUCAAAGCUUCGGUCACAGAGAUGCUCGACACACUCUCCGACGAUGAUUACGUCAAUGUGGCCAGGGUCAGUCAGCUACUUUUGAUUGAAUAUCUGGACGUGUUGGGCCGCCCCAUGGUUCUGGCAGGAAGAAGUGCCAAGCAGGUGCAAUGGACCAACGUCUAUCAGGACGCACUGGAGGAGGAUUUGCCAGAGCCGGUGACGCUGGACUUCCUGGAUGCUGAAGUAGAAGACAGCAGCAAACAGGAGAUUCGCCGGCAAAUGAUUGAUGGCCGAUCAGGAGAGAUGACGAUCAAAACUCUAAUUAAAUCAAUUGACGAGCGCUACAUUGACGAGGUCACGCGUAUGUACUCCUGGACGCCCAUUAACGACACUGAUUACAGUCUGGGUCUGGUACUUCCUCCGUACAGUGAAUAUUACAUCCAGGCUGAUCUCAGCGAUGUCAUGCUGCAGCUGCAGUAUUUACAGUCUCUGCUGCCGAACUCGUUUGAGUCGGCUGGUCACGUGUUUCUAGCUCCCAGAGAAUACUGUAAGCGUCUGCAGAUGGCUGAGAAUAACACACAGUUCCUGGCGGACUUCCUGUCUCUGAUGGUGGAGAUCUCACCUGAAUCUGAAGACUGUGAUCAGGGUCUCAUUCAUAACCUGAUCUUGGAUUCUGGGAUCCUCUGGAAUCUCGCCACACGCGUUUGGCAGAACAAGGAUCUCAACACGUACGGCUUCCUGGCGCUGUUCGCAUCCACCAAUGGAGGCGUCACGCGCGUUUACCCCAACACGUGAGUGACGGAGCUUCUG